AUGACACUGGAAUUUGUAUUUAAUUUCCUUUUUUUUUUUUUACUUCAGGGUGAAGAUGUAAAUAAAACACUUGAAGGAGGAAGGAAGGCUCUACAUUAUGCUGCAGACAGUGGACAGCGGGAGGUGUUAGAGUUCCUGUUAUCCAAAGGAGCAGAUAUUAAUGCUCAAGAUAGGUAUGGAAUCACACCACUAUUUUCAGCCGCCUCGGAGGGUCAUAAGUCCUGUGUUUCAUUGCUCUUGUCAAAGGGUGCUGAUAAAACUGUGGUAUGUGGAGGAACAAAAAUCAUUGAUGCUACUGAAAGACAAGACAUAAAGGAUCUUCUGAAGUGACGAGGAUUUGGAUUAAUGAACUACAGAAUGGGUGCCUCUCCUGUGGCCUCACACUGCUGCCUCUUUAUCUGCAAGCUUCAGCUAAUAGUUGCUAGCACUUAAACUGUGCACUUUAACAUCAGUUUUGGAGAUAUGGAAAUCUACACAGUUGCAUAACUUGUCCAAUUUUCUGCUUGUAUACAGAUUUGCACAUUAGUUUUUUACUUAAAACUGGUUGUGGGUGGAGGUGGGAGGGUCCAUAGCAUUUUCUGAGGCUACAGCUGUCCAGCAUAAUGCAGUUUUAAAACAAUUGUGGAAGUUUAAGAACUGUUAUCCAAAAAUCAUGUUCUGGAGCACAAAAAUUCUAGUGAGAAAUAACUGUCUGUCUUCUCCCCAUCAUGUGUGUGACCAAAAGUCAUGGUCCAAGAGUAUUUGCCAGUUUGUGUUCAUUGUUUAAUGACGUGAGCUUUGUUUUCCAUAUUGGUAGUAACUUUUCUGGAAACACGUACGUGGGAGAAAUUAAAGUUGCUGUUGAGGUCCUACAUUUUGGGCAUGUUAUGUAGGUUUCCAUAGUUCCAUUCAGUUUUAUAAUUACAGUUGGAAACAUUUUUAAGAAAUCUGUGAACUGUACUGGGGUAUGUUUUAAAGCACCCAACAUAAUUCAGAAGAAUUUCUAAGAUUUCAUCAUAAGAGUGACUUGGUAUAAAUCAAGAGUAUAUUGUUAAACAUGUAGUGUAUAAAGCACUCCCUGAAUAUAGUAAAGCUAUUACUUAUGCAGGAAUAAAAAGAAUGUAUUUGACCAGCACAACAGUCAUGUUUGUAUGUUUGAUUACUCUGAAUACAAAAAAUACUGCACUCCAUAUUCGUUUCAAGUGCUCAACUCAUUUUUUUUUCUAAGAAUGUUUCCUUGAAUGUAUUUAAGAUGCAGGGCCUUACUUGCAAAUUUUCAUGCAGGUGUUUGAAAUGUCUGUUACCAUUUUCGAAAUAUAAAAUAUAUAUUGUCUUGCUAUUCAUGAGCUUAUUUCUUGAUUGUAGCUUGAUUGCAUAUGUUAGUCAAUUUCUUUAACAGUAACUGUUCUCAUGAAAAAAAAUGAACUUGGCUUAUAGUAGUAAGGGUUUAUUCUUCAAUUGUCCUAGAUAUUUACAGUAAUAAACUAGUAAAAGAAACCAAAAAAAUUGCUUUUGUAAAAAGCUUUUCACAUGAGUAGGAUUUGCUGUUUUGCAGAUAUGAUUUAAUGUCACUCAUUGAUCCUGGUAGCAUUUGUUUAAACAGUUGGAAACAAAAUUAUGGUACUGUUGCUUCAUCGCAUUAGUAAAUUGGAUAUGUUUGAACUACA